CAAAAGAAUUCGUGGCUACUCUAGCGGGCACUCUCUCCUUGAUCUCGCUCCGACUCCGCAGUCGUGUUGGCUAUUCUAGCGCUAGAGGGAUUGGCUUUGGGGGAAUCCCACCGCCGGGAGGAGCGCUUGUGGGGUGCAGGAGACGAGCUUCUUUGGCGAUGGAAACCAAUGCGUGUGUACACUACAACCACACCGAUCCCCACAGCAGCUCCAGAUGGACUGCCAGGGAGAGCUACCAGUAUAUGUAUGCAAGGCCGUGGCACAAGGUGCUGGCUUUCUAUUCCCAGUUGGUUCGCAGCGGUGACGGAGCUUCCUCCCUCUCAACUUUAUUCUUCUCCGAGAGACACAAUACUUACCAUGUAACUGAAGAAUUUCAAGUCUUUGAGGACACUAAGUUGGCAAAUGCUCCCAUUCGGGAUAGGAAGGGAAGAUGGGCUAGACUGACAUUUAAGAUUGUUGUUUCAUAUCAUGGGCCAUCUUUUGAUGGAUGGCAGAAGCAGCCUGGGCUGAACACUGUUCAAGGAUUGAUAGAGAAGGGCCUUGGGAGGUUUGUAGAUGACAAAAAAGCUCAACAGCUUAGAGACAGGUCUCUACCUGUUGAAGGUUGUGCUGUUGUUGCUGGGCGCACAGACAAAGGAGUCACUGCUCUUCAGCAAGUUUGUUCUUUUUAUACUUGGAGGAAGGAAGUUAAGUGUGGAGAAAUAGAGGAUGCCAUCAAUAAAUUAGCUCCUGGAAAGCUCAGAACUCUUCAUAUCACAGAGGUGCCACGUGUAUUUCAUCCAAAUUUUUCUGCCAAAUGGAGGCGAUAUUUCUACGUUUUCCCCCUCAAUGAGGAGGAAGAUGAAACAGACUUUAGUGUGAAGGACCUCACUUCCACUGCUGGUGGGGUAGACGAAGAGAAAGAAACCAUGCAAUUUGCUGAAGAGGAUUUUGGACACCUAAACAUGUUGGAUGGUGAUGAGGAUGAUAACAGGUAUAAUGCCUCGAGUAAGCCUAGAACCUUCAGCACAAGCAAGGUGAACAAACUACUUCGCCAGCUGGAAGGGAAGGCAUUAUCUUACAAAAUGUUUGCUCGGGAUACGAAGGCAUCCAGAAGCAUUGGACCACCGACAGAAUGUUUUAUGUUUCAUGCUCGAGCUACAGAGAGUAGAUUACCACAUGCCGAUGAGGCAUGUAAAGGACAAAGAGUGAUGUGUGUUGAACUGGUGGCAAAUCGCUUCUUACGGAAGAUGGUCCGGGUUCUUGUUGCAACAGCCAUAAGGGAAGCAGCGGCAGGUGCAGAUGACGAUGCUUUAUUGAAGCUGGUGGAUGCCACUUGCAGGCGAGCCACAGCACCACCAGCCCCUCCAGUUGGCCUUUGUUUAGUUGAUGUUGGUUACAGUGGAUUUAAUCAAGAUACUUGCCUGAUAAUAUAAUGUGGUAAAAAUGGACUUCAUAUUUUCAACCGCGUGUCACCUUUGGCUUGUAUUGUAUCUCCUUCCUGAUGUUUAUUGGGUUGUUUUGGUUGCAUAUCCCUGCACAAGGUGGAAUUGCUGAUAUGCUUCUGUAGAAAUCAUAUUUGCUUGUAUGCCCUUCAUCUUCUUUUCGUCCAUCUUGAAAAAGGGUGAAACCAAGAUAAAGAUCAAGGAUAAACCUAUCCAUUUAUAGAAUGUUUUUUAAUUUCACUUUUAA